GGGCUUUUUUUUUUAUUUUUUUUUUUUAUUAAAAAAAUGGGAGUCCUAGGCCAAGGAUCCCUCCCAUAUGAUCAAAGCUGUAGAAACGAAGACUCCGCUGUUACUGUAAAGUUGCCUCCAGAAUGUAUCGAGCAAAUUGUAAAAAAUCUCUGGGAUGAGAUCUCGACGUUGCAUUCGCUGCUCCUCUGCAGCCGUUCCUUCUUCUUCAUGGUGGUGCCCAUCUUGUACCGAGAGCCAUUUCGGUUGAUCGACAAUCAUCGGACUUGGAGCCGUUCAUCUAAGGCUAAAAAGACUGCUUAUCUGAUGCGGGUCUUGUAUACCUGUUCAGAAACUAAGCCUAAUCAAUGGAACUUACAGGAGCACGCGACGCAGAGGCAAGGUCGAGGUCAAGGCCAAGAUCAAGAGCAAGGUCAAAUGUCUGAGAAAACUAUUGAGGAUUCAACAUUAAUCCAAUCUAUAACGACUUUAUCAAUAUCAUCGUCAUCACUGCCUAUAUUAACUUCCACCAUCCCAAGUUCUUCCUCCGUCAUUGCUUCUGGUGAUAAUGAUACUACUACGACAAUUACGGCUAUUACCCCAAUAAGACAUAUCGACCCAUUUUCUUCUAACUCUUCAUCAUAUCAAGGAAAGACCACGGCCAGGUUUCAACGUCACCCAUUUAGUCCUGAAAUAGAAAAGAGGGAUCCCUUGCCUGAUCCGCUGACGACAGAUUAUCUCUAUUACUACACUAAUCAAUCUCAAAUCCCAAGAGUCUCAAGAGCGUUUUCGGUCCUUAAUCCAUCGAUUCAACUUCAUCAUCGGGAUCAGCAUGAGUUUGAGCGUGCGUUCGCAGAAUCGAGCAAGACUUUUUUAUUGGCAGUCUAUGGACAUUUCCCAGAACGGAUUAAAACUCUUUCGAUGACGCCGUCACAGUUAAGUGUGAUCUUGUUCCAGAAAGCGCCUAAAGUCUCCAAAACAUCAAUACCAACAACAACAACAGAAACAACGAGUACAGUUCAGACAGAAAUAUCAGAUCAAGCUGGGGAACCCGCCCAGAGCUAUGACCAUGAUAAUGGCCAAAUGACUCAUCCUAAGAGAGUAGAGAAGCGUAUUCGAGCUGCAGGUGUUGGGGCGUUGAAAUCAUUAAGCCGAUUGGAGCUUGACUUUGGAGCUGGCUUUAUAGUCAGUACACUUGAAGAGUGGUUCAGCGAAGGCAAUCAAGACGAAGCCAACACGGUGGAUGUGCUGAAUGAGUUUGGAGUGAUGGUCAAAGCUCGAAUGAGGCCAGAAAACGUACCCUUGUUGUUCAUUCGAGAGCAUCAAAAGUUAUUUCCAACCUGCCCUGAGGAUUCUGUAGUGCCCGUAGGAGACAUACUUGGAUAUACAGCUAGUGCUAUUAACGCUAGGACCAGCAUCAAUAACAGUAGCAAUAGAAAUAAUAUACCGGGGACAUUUCUGCGAGAGCUCGUUGUCCGCGGAAGUCACUCUACAUGGACGCCUACACAACUUCUUCGAAACAUUGAGCCUCUCAAAGUAGUGGAUCUCUCUGCAUGGAAUUCCAAUGUACCUUAUCUGGAACAAAUUCCUUCGAGACGAUUGGUAUCGUUUAAGGUCAAUAUUGCACGUCGGUUAGGGUCAGUUCAGGUGCCGAUCUCCUAUCUGAGACAACAUUGUCGACAUAUACAAGAAAUUUGGAUGCCGGCACAAGGACCUGAUACGUUCAAAUGGGCGAUUGAUGUCUCAAAGCCUAUUUCUCCUUUUGUGACACAAGCAAGACUCAGAAGGCGAAGGUUAUAUAGAGACAAUAGCAAUGGUAAUAGCGGCGGAGCAGGAGCAGGAGCAGGAGCAGGAGCAGGAGCAGGAGCAGGAACAGAAGCUGCAACAGUAUUUUCGUCAACUGCUGUUGAAGCUAUUGGUGGACAAGGGGGGCAGGCUAACAAUGGAAUACUAGACCAGCAACAAUCCAUGCUAUCAACUUUACCACCUGUUCCACAACACAAUUUACCACUUGAAAAAUGCUUCUUUGACCUUACUUUGAUCCCUCCUCUCAAAAAGGUCCGUCUCUAUGGUGGUCCGCAAGAGCUAGUUCCAAGUCUCGAGGAUGCUCUGGAUGCCUUUCGAGAUUCAAUAGAGGAAUUGGCAGGGUAUGAGGAUGGAUAUAGUGCACGCGCAGAAUAUCCCAGGAUGUCGAUUGACUGGUCCUGUCAUUAUUUGACUCAUUUGGAUUUGAGGGGUCGGUUUGUCUUCUUUUUCGAUGUUGGAACCUUAAGAAACUGUCCUAAUUUGGAGGUGGUGAAGUUGGUGAUUGAAUCGAAUAUUGGACCUGAAUUCGGGAACAGUAAUGACAAUAGUAGUACAAGAGCAACAAGGACUAGAUCUUACAGAGAUGGAGAAGUUGGAGAAGAAGAGGAGGAUGAGGAUGAUACAGCAUCAUUUUAUAAGGUAUUUGCAAGGAUGGCUCGGUUGAGAGAGCUGCAACUCCGAGGAGCAUCAUGGGGAAUCGAUGACAGAGCUCUAGAAACGCUUUUAGGAGGAGAAGGGGGAGGACCAGGAACAGGACCAGGACCAGGAGAAGAAGAGGUUCAUAGAUCAGCCUUAAGGAACACUUUAGAGAUCUUUAGCAUUGCUGAAUCAUAUCAACCAAGCAGAAGAGUCCUGACAUCGUUCGUGGGGGGAAUGACUAAGCUGCGGAUCAUUCAUUUGGCGACAACGUAUGCUUAUUUAGCGGAAUCUCUCCGAAAUGCUGUUGAGCCUCGGAAAUUGUUUGUAGAAUAUAUCGGCGCUGAUUCGGAUAUGUAGUAAAAGCAAUACUCUUAGCACAAAGGUGUUAGUUUUUAUUUUAAUCAUUAUUUAUAUGUUGUUGGUGUUAUUAAGAGAAGGAAUGCAUGAAGUUUUAC